AUGAAACACUGUCUCAGAUAUCUUCAAGGAACAACGUCACUUGGUCUUAUCUUUGAACGAUCAACACCUGGAAUCCCAAAGCUCAUUGGAUACAGUGACAGUAGCCAAAACGUAGACAUGGACGAUGGAAGAAGUACCGGAGGUCACAUCUUCUAUCUUGGGAGAAGCUUGAUCACGUGGAGCUCAAGCAAACAAGAUACAGUUGCUCUGUCUUCGUGUGAAGCAGAGUUUAUGGCCGGGACAGAGGCAGCAAAGCAUGCCAUAUGGUUACAAGAGCUAUUGAGUGAAGUUACAGAGCAGCCUGUCGAGAAAGUGUUGAUCCGAAUAGACAAUCAGUCUGCGAUUGCUCUCACCAAGAAUCCGGAGUGCAUUGAGAAGGGACAAGUCGACGUGGAACAUGUCUCAGGAAAAAUGCAAAAAGCUGAUAUCCUAACUAAAGCACUUGAAGGAUCAAGUUUAGAGAAAUGA